AUGCAAAACUCUGUAGCUUCUAAUGUAUUUCCACCAGCUGGAAUUGUUUCCGUUGAUCAGGCGAACCCUAUACUUGCUGUUCAAGGGAUAUUCAAGAUCCCACCUGAAGAGUUCGUCGAUUUCUUGGCCAAACGAGUGAUUUACAAUGCGGACGACCUGAUAGCCAUUGAUAAGCCAAUAUUGAUUCCAUAUUCUGGCUCGAAACCUGGGAGACUACAGAUUGACCGAGUUUUACAGGUUUGUUUUGAUUUAUAUUGUUUGAUCUUUUUAGGUCUGAUAGAGUGGUUUAAAGCUGAAUUUCUCAACGAAGAGUAGUCUGAUUCAUUUCAAUUUUUACAGAGAGCUUAAGAAGACAUGUUUGUAACUAUCUUCAACUAGACUUUACGUUUAACUUAUAAAUUGCAUGUUUAGGAUUUAAAAAAGAAGAUUGCGCCUGACAUACAACGUCUUCACCUCGUAGAAUCGCUGGAUCGUUCUGCUAGUGGUGUUUUAUUAUUUGCCAAGACAGAAGAAAGACAGAAACAGCUAUUAGAAGCCAUAAAAGAAGACAGAGUUCAACACAGGUUCAGAUGUAUUGUUAAAGGUGUACCAAAAGAAGAGAGAGCCAAUAUAACAGUGCCCUUGGCUAAAUUUACUCAGGGGAAAGAUAUCAAAUGGUUGCCAGCCGAGAACAAACACAGAGGGAUUGUACAUUAUAAAACCAUGUACAAUGUUGUGAAUCAGGAUCGAAUGGGAAACGUCAGCUUACUUGAUGUUGUGGUUAAUAGGAGUAAUCUGCAUUUUGUAAGUUUUAUUUGUCUUUAACUUACUAUAUUUUAAUUUUAAAGGCAGAAAAUUAACAAAUUCUUAAAGUUAAUUUUAAAGUAAAUAUGGCAAGCCUUAUAUAAUAUAAUAGUAUGAGUUUAAACAAUAUUAUAAUGAAUUUGUAUUAAAGUAUUCCUUUCUUCAGAUACGAACACAUUUAUCAAACGGAAUUGGUUGUCCAUUAAUCGGCGAGGUAAAAUAUAAUGGACUGGCACCAAAUACACCAGUAAAGUUAGGCCCAUUAGUGUUAAACAAACUGGGACUACACGAGUCCCAAUUCAGGAAAGUGCCAAUGUUUAUUCAUCUUUCUGAAACCUUGGUCCCCCUCGGCAAUGGAAGUCGGUUUUCAGUGGUCAAAGCACCUUAUUCUCCUGUUUUCACGUUUGCUGUUAAAGCCUUAGGCUUGUUCAAGAAGUAA